AAGAAACAAAUCACAAGCAAAUCAAAAUUCAAAGUCCAAAAUUGCUGCUUCUACUUCUUCAAUUCUUCAUAUAUCAACCUCUACUAUAUAGCUAAGCUAACUUCAUUAUCCAUUGAUCACAUUCAAUUAUUAUUCAUCACACAUACAUGGAUCAUGGAAUUGAUGUUCCACCAUUUUUUGUUUGUCCAAUUUCAUUGGAGAUCAUGAAGGAUCCGGUGAUUGUAUCCACAGGAAUCACCUAUGAUAGAGAGAGCAUUGAGAAGUGGUUAUUGAAGAACAAGACAUGCCCGGUGACCAAGCAAACCCUUGAGAUUUUAGACCUAACUCCUAAUCACACUCUUAGGAGAUUGAUUCAAGCAUGGUGCACCUUGAAUGCUUCUCAUGGAGUUGAAAGAAUUCCAACACCAAAGCCUCCGGUCAAUAAAGAACAGGUAUCAAAGCUCAUCAAAGAUGCUUCUUCUAAUGAUCAAGAUUCUUCAUUGCUUUCUCAGUGCCUUAUGAGCCUUAAAUCGAUGGCGGCCGAGAGCGAAUCGAACCGGAGAUGCAUUGAAUCAGCUGGAGCUGUUGAGUUCUUGGCUUCAAUAGUUGUGAUGAAUCAUGGUUAUGAUUCAAUUGAGGCUAGUUCUGAUGGAGAUGAAGGUUUCGACACGAAAUCAGGUGUUUCGGAUGAAGCUUUGAGCAUACUACACAAUCUUCAUUUGUCAGAAAAUGGUUUGAAGACCUUAUUAGGGUUCAAAGAUGGAAUCUUUGUUGAUUCCUUGACAAGGGUCUUGCAAAGAGGAAUCUAUGAAUCAAGGGCUUAUGCAGUUUUCUUGUUGAAAUCCAUGUCCCAAGUUGCAAACCCUAAUCAGCUAGUGAAUCUUAGAAAUGAAUUGUUUGUGGAAUUGGUUCAAGUUCUAAAGGAUCAAAUCUCACAAAAAGCUUCAAAGGAAACACUACAAACCCUAAUUGAGGUUUGUCCAUGGGGAAGAAACCGGAUCAAAGCGGUCGAAUCAGGGGCGAUCCAUGUCCUUAUUGAGCUUCUUCUUGAUUGCAAAGAGAAGAAGCCAUGUGAGAUGAUGAUGGUGGUUUUGGAUAUUCUAUGCCAAACGGCUGAUGGAAGAGCUGAGCUUCUCGGCCACGCCGCCGGCGUGGCCAUCGUUUCUAAGAAGAUUCUUAGGGUUUCAACAUUGGUGAAUGAUAGGGCUGUGAAGAUUUUACUCUCAAUUGCAAGGUACUCAGCAACACAAAGUGUUGUUCAAGAAAUGUUGCUAAUUGGUGUUGUUGCUAAACUUUGUUUGGUUCUUCAAGUUGAUAGUGGAAACAAGGCUAAGGAGAAAGCAAGGGAAAUUCUCAAGCUUCAUUCUAAGACAUGGAGGAAUUCUCCUUGUUUACCUACCAAUUUUCUUUCAGCUUACCCUACAAAUUAGAUUCAACUAUUCAAGUGUGAAAAAAAAAAAAGAUUGAGAGUUUAUUUUUGACCUACCUUCAUCAUCAAUUUUAAUUUUAGUUUUUUUUUUUCUUUGUCCACUCUUUAUGUUUUUUAUUUGUACAGAUAUUGUUAUUUGAAAAAGAAAAAAAAUUGGAAAUAAAGUUAAUAGGUAUGGGCAUGAAGCAACUAUUGCUCAUAUCUUAUAGGUUAGGAAACAUACUUGAAUUUAUUAUGUAUUGAAUACACAUACAAUAAUAUAUGGAAAUAGUGAUACCAAAGGUUUUAUCA